AUGAAUUACUCGUAUUAUCGGAUGAGCAAACGUAGUGCUAUAUCGAUCAACUUUCGCCCACGCAUUAACCUGCCGAAUGUAAUGUUGUCUGCACCACGAACUUUGGUAAUGAAUGGAGAGACCGUACAACAUUGUGAUAUGCAUGCCUACGACAAUGAGGCGUUUUCCAAAUUGCUAACACAGACCAGGUUUGGAGAGAAAGGUAAAGGUCAGCAAGCUAUAGAUGAAUUACGUAAAGAAUUAGGACUGCCACCAGUUCCACCAGAAUCGAUAACAUAUCCUCCUUAUGAGAGGUCGCUCUCAGCUCGAGUUGGUUCGUUGGAUAACGGAGGAUGUGCUUUUGCAAUGCGUAAUGCUGUUGAGAGCUCCUUAAAUCAGCCGAAUAACAAACGAGGCACAACUCUUCCAAAUCGUCGUGGUUUGGGGUCACAAGUGGAAACCAUUUCACACCGGUCACUGAUCAAUCCGUUUCGACCGGAUCAGUUCUACGUUAGAAUCACGGCGAACCGUCGUCGAUGGAUACAUGUUUUCCCGGUUGACGAAAUGCUUGCUCAUCACUACGUGGAUGGUACAAGUACGGUUCACAUCAAUAUGAUAGAUGAAGCUCCACCUGUUGGCAACGAGCUUGACAACAAACUGCGCGAGAACGGUGUUGUCGGCUCGCCUUCUAGGCGUAAUGAUCGUCCCGAUUCUCCACUUAUUGCGACUGGACCUCCUUCCGAGAGUACAACCAGUACUGCUACUGUCAACAUGAAGAACGACGACUUCACCCCUGUACGAAGAGUGGGAGAAGCGAAGAAGGAACAAACACGUGUGUGGGCCUGGGGAUCAACGGGAGAAGAGAAAUGGAAUCCUGACAUGGAAAUAGGCAUGGAUUGGAAGUCACUCGUUAGAUCUGCUUUGCUUCCGAUCACAACCGACUAUUUUCCUGAUCGGCUCACUCUUAUAAGUGACUAUCUAUAUACUGAACAUCAAAUUUCUGUUGUACAAGAACACGUGAGCUCAAUGGUGUUUGCUUUCCUCCCUCCUCCUUUUUUCUUUUGUUAG